AUGGCCGAACAGCCUCGUAUUUUGCGCCCGCGUCCGCGAAGGCCAUUCGACCUAAACACCAUCUCGAACGAAUCAUCCGUAUCCCCAACGCCCAUCGAGCCUUCCAACCCAGAAAUGCUCAGUCCAAACAGUCUCACAGACCCAGGGUCAGCAUCGACAAGCGUGAGCCGCACAGGCUCAAUCUUGAACCUGACAUCCUCAACCCUCUACGGUAUCUAUCAGCCGACUGCAUUUGGAACCCUUCGCGACGAGUCCAGCCCCUGGGGGACAGAGGCCAAUUCCCCGACUUCAGCAUUCCCACCAGAGCCAUCACAGGCUGAGGCGUUGAAGUCUGCUAUUGAGCCGCGUCCUCUAUCUCUGCAGCGGACGCGCUCGCGACUCAGUCAUGGGCUAUUCCGUGGCGUCAUCCUGCCUCAGGCGCUGAGCAGUGCGUUGCUGUUUGGGUUUGGAAUCGUCUACGGUAUUAUUACUGUUCAUCUGCACGAAAACCACUGGAUCACUCCCGUGAAGUUGGAAAAUAUCCACUACUACGAUUCGUGGAAAUACUUGCUCAGUUGGGGGCUGGCUGGUAUUGCGCUCGGAAAUAUCCUCCCGUGGUUGGAUAGCUGGCGGGAGAGUGAGAAGGACGAGAAGGUGAAGCUUGCCAACAACGAUGGCGCCGCGGACGGUACUUCAGGCUGGGUGACUAUGACUCGCAGCGUUGGUGCAUUUGUUGGAAUCGCCUUUGCCAUGCGUCGACUCCCGUGGCAGUCUACUACCCAAGCAUCUGUGACUCUCGCCCUCGCGAAUCCCGUCCUAUGGUACCUGAUCGACCGCACACAGACCGGCUUCAUCCUUUCAGUGACAGUUUGCCUGACCGGAAUGAGCGUCAUUCUAGGCCUGAAGCCAGAAUUGAUCCCUGCAUCUACUGGUCCGUCCGUUGGCAGCGCCUUCCUGAAUGGUACCGGGUGGGAAAACACACUGGGAGCAGGCAUCACUCAGGAAAGCAUUGCAGUCCGCACAUGGGUCGCCAGUGUCAUCUUCUGCGCAUGCGUGUGCUUUGGAAACAUCGGCCGCCAGCUUGCCAUCGGAGCUCGGAGUAACGAGAGCCUGAAAGCGUAA